CGCCGCGCUGCACGCAUUCUACGAAUUCGAGCGCCGAUCCGCAGCUUCUUCCGCGCUCUUCUCUAGUCGCGUAGCUCUCCUCAUCAGCGCUACCUCGCUCAUCUGCUCCGCUCCGCUGAUCGCGACCUCCGCCGCUGUCGCACCUCCUCCUCCGCAGCCGGGCUCUCCUCGAAUUUCGGCGCUUCGGCCCACCGUUCACCGAGGGGCGUGGCCUGAGCCGAUCCGAUCCAAUCUCCACCGGCCCGGACCCAGUCGCCGCACCAAACGGAAACGGAUCUGGAUCACCGAACCGGAAGCAGUGCUCCCCGUUCCAUCAACUUCCGCGACCAUAUUUAGCCGCCCUUGAUUUUAUCAAUUUUUCGGUGUGCACAGUGUCGGACCACGUGGUGCCGCUAGUGAUAACGUGAGUGACUCCGUCAACUAAAAAUGGAGUAUUCUAUGGAGGUUCUUCGGACGUUUGCAUUGUCGCAUGUCGUUCUUCCAUUCGGUCUGAUUCUUUGAAUAUGAGACUUUUGCGAACCUAAAGGUACUCAUAGUGCUUCAAUUAAAGGAUUUUGCAACGUGUGCUCUAGAUUAUCGCAUUUGGUGUCUUUGCAGAAGAAUGACUAUUGGAAGAAGAAUCUUCUGACGGUAGCUCAAGUGCGGGGUGUGCGACCAUCGAGUAUUCGAGUAACAAUGCUGAUUCAAUCGGAUUUCUUUUUUGUGCAACAAUUUUCGCUAAUAUUCUUGUGGGGAAAAAAUGAAUUUUGAGGUGUGCUGGAUCCCAGAAAGACUGUCAGUAUAAGUUGUUAAAUCUCAUUGACAACAGGAAACUCUCCAAAGAGGUUAUGAACCAGCAGUGCAAAGUGUGUGGCGAGCCGGCCGCUGGAUUUCACUUCGGAGCCUUCACGUGCGAAGGAUGCAAGUCGUUCUUUGGGCGUACAUACAACAACCUAAAUGCGAUCUCAGAGUGCAAGAACAACGGCGAAUGCAUCAUCAACAAAAAGAACAGGACGUCAUGCAAGGCGUGUCGGCUGCGGAAAUGUCUGCAAGUUGGCAUGUCCAAGAGUGGUUCUAGGUACGGUCGUAGGUCGAAUUGGUUCAAAAUUCACUGUCUGCUGCAGGAGCAAGGAUCAGCCGGCGGUGCAGCUCUCGGAGCCGGGCUCCUGGGCGAGAACGGGCUCAACAGCGCACUCUACCCCUUCCACUCGGCCAACUUCCUGACAACGGACAAAUACGUCCAAGCCAAUCUCAACGGCUACACGCCGCAGUUCUUCGAUACCACCAGCAACAACAAUAACAACAGUAGUAGUAUCAACAACAACAAUAACAACACGUUUAGCAAAUCCAGUCUCAAUAACAACAAUAGCAAUAGCAAUAGCAAUAACAACAACCAAAUCAAGGGGAAGAAGUCUAGUAAACAGGAAGAGGACGGGCGGAAGUCUUCCGAUUCCACGGGUUCGUCGGUUACCGAGGAUGAAUCUAGAUCGGCCAGCGCUUCUUCCGUCUUCCGUUCCCACCACACUCCCUCGCCCCUCAGCGAGAAAGACUACCUAAGCCAGAAGAAGUUCUCGGUGGCCAUGCCGCCCUUAAGCUCUAGUUCUCCUCUAGCCAUGAGCGGAUCCAAAAGCCUACCCUUCAGCUCACCCAUUAGUAGUCAUUUCCUAAUUCCUUACAUCUCACCUCACCAUCGACCCCACCCUCUACUGCCUUUCUCGGCCACGCGGCCUGGCCUGACGCCUACCUCGGCAGGGAGCCUUCUGUACUUAGAUCCUCUAUCAAAUGCGGCUCCCUGGUCCGUUCGGAGCGGGGGCGACCUACUUCUAUGCAGUCCUGCUCCUGGAGGUGUUGCCGUCGAACAGGAGCGGCCCAUAGAUUUGUCCGUCAAAUCAUCCCCAACGACUUCACCCCUCCAAACUGUUCCUUCACCCGCGUCCCCGGUCAAAGACGAAUCCGACGACGAGUCCUUGGACGUGAUCAAACCAGUUCCGUCUCCGCUAGAUCUAACUAAUAAGGCACCUACCGCCAUAUCGAAUCCGAUCACGUCUUUAGACUAAUCAAAAACUUCAUGAGACCUUAAAACAGGUAGUCAGAUUGGGUCUCAUGGAAUAUCUUUUGAUACUUAAUUGUGAUAAUUUUUCUUGAGCUGAUUAAGAGAGCAAGACUUGGUAAUAUAAGACGUUUCUUUCUUCAUCGGUCGGGGCUUUCUCAGAGCGUCCAGCGCCAGACUGAACGAUUCUCUGCUUGUAAGUAAACAUCACAGAGAAUAUCCCUUACUUGAAGGGCCUUAGACUCCUAUUUUAUUUGUUUUCAUGUUUGUUUGUUAGCUAAAUUGUUGGUUCCAAAUGCUAAAAUUCUUACGAUCAUGUUGUGAGGGUCUCGUAAACGUACCUUUAAUUGUUACAUUCCGUUCACUUUAAACAAAAAAACCAGGCAAAAAAUGUAUUAUUUUAACAUAUUUCCUGUUGUGAAUUCAUUUUAGAGGGAAGAUUUUCAAUCUCUUCUUUGAAAAAUGGUCAUGUUUCCUAUUCCCUGGAGACGGAGAAAAGCAUGAUGAGAAUCUUUUUGGUUCUCUAUCUCCAGAAAGUAAUUAUCUUUCUCUUUUGCACAUAAUUUCUGUUAAUUUGUCAAACUUUGUUACACAACUUUUUAUACAACAAGCUAAAAACAUUAGAAUAAAAGAACAACAUAUUUGUCAGAGUUAUAACUACUGAUAUCCAAAUCAGAUUAAUGAUGUUGAUUCUCAUUGAAGAUGUAAUUGAAAUUUCUAAAAAAUUUUACGGAAUGUUCAGUUGAUUUUCCGCCUACUUCAACUUUCAAGUCUUUCCCAUCAAUAUUUUCUGAAAAUUAUGCUCAAGUUCUAAUUUUUUUAUUGGUGAACAGUUAUUUUUACUUUCCUUGUAUGAAGUUUGCUCAAGCAGUGUAAGGAUUUACGAAGCUCAUCCUAAUUUUGAUGACGUCAUAGGAUUCAUAUCUUUUCAUGUAAAAGGGAAACCGGUGCAGGACAUAUCGAAAUCCACCUUAAAUAAAGGAGUAGUUGACUUUUUUCAACCUCUUGAUUUUUCAAUUUGAUUGAGCUCCUUAACUUGAUUCAACUUUUUAAUUUUAUAAUUAAAAUACAAAAGGAUAUAUCAUAAGUUGGUAAUUAAAAAAAGAAAGAAAAAAAGUUUGUUGUUUCUAGAAAAUAAAUUAAUCGGCGUCAAUUACAAAACAUGUAAAUUUAAGAUUUGUAUAUUUGUGUGAGUUUUAUGCGUAGAAAUUUGCUAUUUUUCCUUUUAGAACAAUUGUGUACAUUUUUAAGCCAAAGACAUUUUAAAUUAAUGGUUUAAAUCUUUUAAAUUCUCACGAAUAAAGUUUUUGUUAUUUUUUCAUACGAGUUAUUGAAAUAAAGACUGUAUUAAUGAUUGA